CUUGUGUGGUAUGCUUCCAGAUGUGGGCAGUGAAUUGCGCUGCCUGCUGCGAAUUUAGUAGACGCUAUGAGAGAAUGCAGGCAACUAUGUGGAGCACAUAUAAAACACCAAGCAGUGGAUAGACGCCAUCUCGAAAAGUAUAGACGAGCCGAGCAGAAACUUAGUGUACGUCGGGAUUGCUUCAGACGGAAGGUUGAUGAUGUCAGCCGGGGUACCGUGAGCCGCGGGGUCUGAUGGUUCCAAGAGUUGCCAAAAAGCUGCCAGUGCUCAACCCCUAUUCAACAACCGUAGCGUAACGGCUUCCUCAGAACCGAUCAGGGGUCUAGCACUGAGUUUGAUGAGUUGAAU